UUGGGAUAAGGAAUAUCGUAGGAUGGCCAUACGGAUUGGUCACUUGAAUACGAUACUUAUGUAUUGAUGUCUUGACGUCUUGACAUGAAGAUGAACUAAUGAAUCCAAUGGGAUUUACCUCCAGGAUGCGUAGUAUCCUCGUACUUUUCCCUCUGCGAUCACUCUUGACCAGAGAAUAACCCAAAGCUAGUCUUAGCUAGAACCAUUAAAGAACCCUGUCCCGAGCCUUGCCACAGGUUACAUUCUUACAGUACAGCUUGUUCAAACGGGAAACAAAUGUACUAGAUCGAACUGGAUUUGUCUCAUGGUAGAGACAGACGACUUCUAUCAGAAUUAUACUUCGGUUGACCACCCGAGGCAGCAAGCCCAUGUCCCACCACCAAAAACACGUCCCAAAACCCCCACCAUUGACUUUUUUGCUCAGAAUGAGAGAAACAACUUUUCAUCAAAUCGAAGUGUUUCAAUCUUCAGAUUGGCCGUGUCCCAAUUUCCCGGCGCUCUUUCGCAAUCACAACAUUCGCCUUCAAGUAAGACACUAUCAUGCCGAAACGCGGAGGUCGCCAAGCAUCCCACAAAGCCAGCCAAGGUCAUCGUCGCAGGGAGCGAAACCCGGUAGCCGAAACGGCCGGGACCUUCACGGCAUGUCCUUGAAUCCCAACGCUCAAACCGAGGAUGAAUCGGUUUCGGGUUCAGGGUCCUCCUCGGAGGACGAUCCGGACGGCACCCAAGUGUCUGUCCCAUUUCCGGUGGCCAUGUGGGACGUGGCUCAAUGCGAUCCCAAGCGAUGCUCGGGACGAAAAUUGGCUCGCAUGGAUCUGAUUCGAGAGCUCAGAUUGGGCCAGUUCACCGGGUUGUGUUUAUCGCCACAGGGCCAAGACUGCGUGUCGCCGGCUGAUCGGGAGGUGGUCACGCAAUGGGGCGUGUCCGUAAUUGAUUGCAGUUGGGCCAAAUUGGACCAGACGCCUUUUCAUCGGAUGAAAUCCAACUACCCCCGACUCUUGCCCUAUUUGGUGGCGGCUAAUCCGGUCAAUUACGGCAAGCCUUGCAAACUGAAUUGCGUGGAAGCCUUGGCGGCUGCAUUCUAUAUCACAGGUUACCCGGACAUUGCUCGCAAGUACAUGGGCAAGUUCAGUUGGGGACACGCUUUCUUGUCGUUGAACAAGGAUCUCUUGGAUCGCUAUGCGGCCUGUGCCACGGCCAGUGAUGUGGUCAAAUGUCAGGAUGAGUUCCUCGCCCAAGAACGCGAGUCCUAUCACCGAAAGCGGGACGAGAUCGACCUCCCUCCCACCUAUAGCUCACAAUCUGAAUCCGAAGACGAUACUGAUCAGUCGUUAGAGACCAAAAAUGACCAAUAAUCCAUCACUUGAAUUAAUCUUACAAGAUGCGUUAUAUUAUUAUUAGGGAUCGGAAAAAAAUAGUUUGUGAUUUUGGUCAAUAUAGUUGUUUUUAAGUUAUAAAAAUCAGCCAAAAUAUGUUGGAAAAAGUUGGAAAAAAGUUUCAUGUGUCAUGGUGGUUUUAAAGCAAAAAUUGCUUGAUUAUUGUUUUUCACGAUCUUCUUGCUCUUUGAGCUUAGAAUAUUAGUCUUGCCCUUACAUCAAUGUAAAAUUGAAUUUUA